AUGAGCGGUGGUGUCUACGGUGGUGACGAGGUCGGCGCCAUUAUAUUUGAUAUCGGACAUCAAAGUCUUCGCGUCGGUUAUGGCGGUGAAGACAGUCCAAAAGCUGAAAUCCCAACUAGUCUCGGGGUGUGGGAGGACGCCACAGAUAAUGUUGAUCAAACCAACCCCCAAUCUUCAAAGAAACGUUACAACAUCGAUGUUACGGCUAUUCAAGUACGACGAAAAGAAAUGGAGAUAGUAAGUAUGAUGAAGGAUGGCAUGAUAGACGACUGGGAUAUGUUUGAACGUUUGGCAGAGUAUACAUAUAAACAGAGGCUUCACGCGUUAUCAGAACACCAUCCAAUAUUAAUGUCCGAGUGCCCUUGGAACACACGUCCCAAGAGAGAAAAACUAUUAGAAUUAAUGUUUGAAAAAUUUAACGUCCCCGCAAUGUAUAUUUGCAAAAAUGCCGUCCUAGCAGCUUAUGCCAAUGGAAGAUCAACGGCAAUGGUGGUCGAUAGUGGUGCGACACACACCAGUGCAGUACCUGUUCAUGACGGUUAUGUAAUUACUCAAGGAAUUGUAAAAAGUCCAUUGGGGGGUGACUUUAUUACCAUGCAAUGCAGACAAUUUUUUGAGGAAAAAAAUAUCGAAUUAACGCCUGCUUGUUUGAUAUCUAGCAAAGAUGUAGUACGGGAGAGAGAUCCUCCGCGUUGGACUAAAAAACCCGGACCUCAACCAACUUCUUCCUGGCUCAAUUAUAUGGUGCGUGAAGUUCUGCAGGAUUUUCAAAUGAACUGUCUUCAAGUCGCGGAUAAUCCGUAUGAUGAAGACGCAGCCAAUGCACUACCGAUGAAACAUUUUGAAUUUCCUACUGGUUAUAAUGAUGACUAUGGAGCUAUCAGAUUAAUGAUACCGGAAGCACUCUUUGAUCCUAGUAAUGUAAAAGGAGUCGGUACUAGCAUUCUUGGAAUCGGCCCUUUAGUAACUACGAGUGUUGGAAUGUGUGAUAUGGAUAUAAGGCCUAGUUUAUAUGGAAGUGUUGUGGUAACCGGUGGCAAUUCUUGUCUUCAAGGCUUCAGUGAUCGGUUGAAUAGAGACUUAGCUAGCAAAACUCCUCCGAGUAUGAGACUGAAAAUAAUCAGCGCCAAUAGCUCAAGUGAACGUCGUUAUGGUGCUUGGAUCGGUGGGUCAAUAUUGAGUUCAUUGGGAUCUUUUCAACAAAUGUGGCUAUCACGUCAUGAAUACGAAGAAUAUGGUAAAAUAAUUUUGGAUCGAUGUACUUAAAUUAAUAAUUUUUGCUACUACUAUUUUACUCAAUAUAUCAUAAUAUUAAUAUUAGAUAUUAACAAUUUAAUUAAUCAAUGCAAUUUACAAUCA